CACAAUCUCACAGAUGCUUUUUUCCUUUCUCGCUGGCUGAAUUGCAAGGCAGAAAAGGAUGAGAGCUACCAUUUCCAGAUCACUCGAUCAAGGCAAUUAUGGCAAUGAGAGCAUAGAUGUCUUUGUGGCAAACAUUUCAGAGAUGGGAAUGAACACCACUUACUCUCCAAUUGCCAUAAACCCCACCAAUGUUAUCAUUACUGUCUUUUUGUUGGUAUCUUUCCUAGUUGGCACAACCAUAAAUGGACUGUUUCUCUGGGUGCUGGUGGUGAGGAUGAAGAGCACAGUGAAUAUCCUCUGGUUUCGUCACCUACUUCUCAUCUUCUUAAUAGUCAGUUCCAUCAUGCCCUUUUUUGCUGUGCACGGCCUCCUUGGAUUUCACUGGAUCUUUGGUAAGGUUCUGUGCAAAGUUCUCAAUGCUCUCGGUUCACUAGGAAUAUUUUUUGAGGUAUUUAUCCUCACCAUCAUAAGCCUGGAUCGCUACUUCACGAUAUGCCAUCCCAUUUGGUCCCAGCACAACCGCACAAUAUCCAGGGCCCAACGAAUCAUUGCAGGAACAUGGCUUGUUUCUUUAGUCUUCAGUGUCCCAUACCUGAUUUUUCGGGAGACUCAUGAGGGAACAAAUGGAAGGAUCAUAUGUGAAAAUAAUUACACAUUUUUUCUUGAUGCAGAAAAAACAGAAAGAGAUGCGCUGGCAUAUCGCAUUCGGUUGGUUCUCUUUGUCAUACGAUUCCUAUUGGCCUUCCUGCUUCCUUUCUUAAUUAUAGCAGGAUGUUACUAUAAGAUUGGACAAGAAAUUAAGAAAAGAAGAUUAGUGGGGAAAUAUAGGAAAACAUUUAAAAUCCUCAUCACAUCAGUGCUAUCGUUUUUCAUCUGUUGGCUUCCAUACCAUCUCUACUAUGCUUCUCGGCUGUUGGGCGAACUUCCUGAUGGAAUACAUCUUUUUCUAAGUGUAGUUAUGAGGGCUGGCCUGUGUUUCAAUUUCUGUUUCACCUCCAGUCUUUAUCUUUUCGUUGGACAGAAAUUCCAACAGGUCUUCAAGACAUCCAUUGUCACUCUGCUUCAGAGAGAUUUUGCAGAUGUUCCUUUCUUAUUUGUUGACCAUGCAAACAUGGCAGCUGGAGACGACCAACAGCAACAUCAGUUUGGAGCUCAAGGGAACUCAAAACAUGGCUUUGCCAAGAAGUAGCCUUGCACUGCUCUGUUAUGUUCUUAUGUUCACUUAUGUUAUUGCCUUAUUUUAUCGCGUUGUUAUUUUUGCUGUUUUGUAUUCAUUUUAUUGUAAUUGUAUUAUUGGGCUUGGCCUCAAGUAAGCCACCCCGAGUCCCCUUUGUGGAGA